AAGUCUCUUAGCUAGUACAUUUCAAAAUAUUCCAUGUCCAAAUUCUCAGAGAAAGACGAUUCGCAGUUGCUCGCAUCCUUGCUCAAGCACGCGCCAUACAGGUUUUCUAAUAGAACCGAGGCGUUCCGCGAGGCCUUGAGGCUAAUAUCCUAUGACCUCACGCAAAGCUCUGCCUCGGUAGAAUGGUCGCCCAUCAAAGUGCGAAAGCGGGUGGACUACAUCGUGGAUAUGUCCAGAAAGGGUGGUAAAAACCGUGACGUUUGGGACAGAAUCCUGGCGGUGGUUAGUCAACAAAGAAAGACAGCAGGCCAAGCGGGAAUAGGAAACACCGAGAAUUCAGCUAAAAGAGAGAUUCAAAUGAGAAUAGAGACAGAGGAGAGAAUGGGGGCCACGGUGGACCCGGUGGUGACAUCUCCUAGUGGUGGGGUUAUCAGCCUUGCAGCGAAUGAGCCAAUAGAAGGUUACACUUAUUCUUGGAGAGCACCAGAGAAUCCCGCGAUAUGUCUGCUGUAUACCGUAACCACUGACAUUGAAGGGGAUAGGACCCUUGUGGAAGAGUACUCCAAUGACAAGCCACAUCAGCCAAAGCUAUCCCAGAGUCUCGCUCGCGUGCCCCAAGAUGACACCGAACCCGGUCAGAUUACCGAAAAAGACAAGACCUUGUUGGGAAUGAUGCAGUCGGUGUUGCAGCAGAACCAAGUCCGCUCGGAAGCUACCGCUGAGAUGAAUCGCGCAAGCAUCGAGCAGAACAAACUGGUUCUCGUACUUAUUUCAAGGAUGAUGGAUGGGUACGAGAAAGACAAGAGAAGGAGAGAGAACGUGGGGUACACUGCUUACGGCUGAGUUAAAAAAAAAAAAAAAAAUAGGAGAGGUUCCAGUACCCUGAUAAUACGGUUUGGAUAAUUGCUAGAGGACAAGAUGGUGAUCUACGAGGAAAACUUGGCUCACAUGUUAUGAGAUUCACGACUUGCUAAUAUCAGACAUAUUGAAAGCUACCUAACCUUUACCAUACUAAAUUGUAACCAAGAUGCAACAGAAAU